ACCAGCUUUGACCUUUGAUUGAUUGAACUGAGUUAUACUUUCAUGUUUUCUUGGAAUUUCUUGUACAGCUAUUAAAUGUAAAAGAGAUUCUCCCGUUCAGCCGUUUGUCCAACGUACGUAUUCAAAAUGGCUACUGGACUUUUAACAAAGGAGGCUGAGGCGUUUCGAAAACAUUUGCACAAUCUCAUGUCGUUAAUUCAAUCCGACGAUAUUUCUCCUUUUGGGGCGGCACUGUUUGGCAAAAGCAUUAUUAGCCUUAACGUCAAGCAGUCGAUUGAUAGCCAGUCAUUGGAAAUCUCUACAAGAAAAUCCAAACUUCUUGAUGCGGUGAUAAGCAAACUAGAGUCUUCACCAGAAAAAUUUCAGGAGGUCUUGUAUGUAUUCAGGGAGGAACAAGUCUACAGGGACAUUGCUGACAGCAUUGAAGAAACCUACAGGAAUUUAAGAGAUGAUCCUUCUGUGCGUGUUCUUCCACCUGCGAUGUUAGAGUAUGCCAAAUACUUGCAGAAGAGUUACAACCGAGCAGCUUUUCCGAUGGUCAACAAGUGGCCCCAUCCACCUUGUCAGAAAGUCAUUAAGUUGGCUGCUGUGGAGACGAAAGGAGAGCAAGUCACUAGAGAAGCAUUCGAUCCGAAAAAGUUCAGUAGAUUUGAUUCCGUUAAUGAUUAUGUCCAGGGCAACAACGUUUCAUUGUUCUCACUUACUGAUCUGCUUGAGACCAAAAAUGAAAGUACUCUGAGCCUAGUGAUUGUGCAAGGAGCUCCUGGGAUAGGCAAGUCGACAUUUGCGUGGAAAUUCUGUCAGGAAUGGGCCGAGGGUAGGCUGUAUCAGAAGUAUGAUCUCAUUGUUUUGCUUCAAACGCGAGAGAGGUAUGUUCGAGAAGCCAAGGAGCUAAAAGAUCUCUUCAAGCACCUUAACAAGAAGCUGUCUGUGAAUGUUGCUGAUGAUGUUAUCUCUCGAAAUGGCGAAAACGUUCUCUUUUUUUUCGAAGGCCUUGAUGAGCUUCCCUCUCACUAUUUCUCUAAAGAGUCCCUUCUCUUGGAAAUUUUUCGAGGUGCUCUUCCCCAAUUGACGAUUGUAGUCACCAGCCGUCCGUGGGCAGCUCAGCAGCUUGUUGAUCUUACCAACAAUCAGGUCACUCGUCGAGUAGACAUCAUAGGUUUCUUGAAGGAAGACAUUUACGAUUAUGUCGUGCACUCUUUCGGGAAGGGAAAAGAUUUGAAGGAGUUUAUGCAGUACUUCCGUACUCACCCUCAACUGGAGAUGAUAAUGUACUCACCUCUCAAUUGUGCGUUUGUUGUCCAGAUCUACAAGGAUUUCAAGCAGAGUCAGACGAAAGAAGAUUUCCCUCACACACUGACCCAGCUCUACACCGCUCUAGUGCAUCGAUUCGUUCUGCAAUUCAUGAGGAAUAUGCCUGAAUUUGCCUUCACCAAAUUUGUUAAUUUGGAAAAGCUCCCAGAUCCUGUCAACUUUUUCUUUUACCAUCUUUGCUGUACCGCUUUUAUGAGUUUCACCAGAGUCAGUGUUCAGGUAGCCUUCUCUGAUGCGGAUGUAGGCAAUGUGGAAACCUUAGGCCUCAUGCAAUCCCGACCUGACACAUCAUUCAACAGUGAAAACACUCAAACACAUUGUUUCCUUCAUUUCACAAUCCAAGAGUUCCUUGCAGCUUUCCACCUCUCCCGACAAUCACCUGAACAGCAAGAAUGCUUCUUUCAGAUACAUCAGGGCGACCCGAAAUUCUCUGUUUUACUCACGUUUCUGAUUGGCCUAAACUGCUCCAUUGUCAAGCACUUGAAUCGUCCUUCUCCUUCCAGCGAGUUGGAACCACACCUCCUACACUGGCUAUUUGAGUCUCAGUCUCCAGAAGACGUUGCUGCAUUUCUCGGUAAAGAGGUUGUCUUCUUCCAAACGUACUCCAAACUUGCUCCUAUUGAUAUCUACUCCCUUACUUACUGCCUAAGACAAAGUAAUUGUACUUGGAAUCUCAUUGUCGAUCUAGACGAUCUCACCACUGUGUAUGAGCCGACUAGUACUGCUGCUUUCACUGGUCACAUUGACGAAUUAUCUAUCUUCAAUGCCAAUGCAACUGCUAUUCAAAAGUUUUUUUUCUCUCUUCCCCGUCGCCUCUUUGAGAAAAUUCGGUUUCUGUACUUCUACAAUCGAGAAGAUAUCAACAUCGGGUUUGAGUACUACGAGAUUCUCACCUCACUUUUCAAAGAGGGUCUUCUUCAAAACUUGGUUGAAUUUCAAUUCAAUUAUGCUCCAAGUUUGUCUGGAAUUGGAGGAGUAAUAGGAGCCCUUCAUGAGUGCUGUUCUCGUCUUGAAACCCUGAAGAUUGAGCGAUGCCUCUUCACUGAGUCAGACAUCCUACCACUGUGUAAAAGCAUCUGCUCUCCUCAUAGUCGUCUGUCUCGUCUGGCUCUCAUUAGCAUUACCUUCGAAGAAAACAUCUUGAAUUUCCUCAAUAGUGCUCUCCCACAUGCAAGGGCUCUGAAGAGGCUCGAUCUCUCAUUCAAUCAAUUGGAACUAUCCGAUAUUGAAAUAUUGGCACUUGCUACCGAAUCUUCAACCAUCCAAGCACUGAGGCUACGAUCAUGUUCAAUUGGCCCCGAUGGAGCCGAACUCCUAGCAGACUGUUUAGAGAAAAACUCAUCCAUUAUGUUCCUAUCAUUAGCUCAAAAUCAGAUUGGGUUUAGUGGUGCUUCGGCCUUGGCUGAAAUGCUGAAAGUGAACACUACCCUUCAAGAUAUCCGAUUGAACGAAGAUAAGUCCAUUACAACGAGUGGUGCAGGACUGUUAAUUGAUGUACUUCUCAAACACAAUAAAAUUGUUGAACAUAUUGAGAUUGCUGAAAGCUGUGAGCCUGUGGAGUAUGGAUCAGCUCUCAUGACUAAAACCAGUAGGAUCAAAUUUAUGUAGUACCAUUCAUUCGUUUCCUUUUUGUCAAUCAAAUUGUGAAAUUGUUUUCCCUUUAAUCAUUACUUAAUUUUUUACACGAACAAAUUAAUUUUAUAAUAAUAUUGUUGGCAAACACA